GUCACCCGGUAGGAGCAGUGUUGUGCUUUUUAUUGCCUUCAUUCCAUUGUUUGUGAGCAUAGCUAAAGUGCAUUGCUGCGGGGUUAGAAGCAGCUCCAUAACACCGAAUUGAGCUGAAUUGAAAUCAAUUCUUUAACUUCUUCAUGGUUCCUUUGUUUUGUUUGUUGCGAUAAUUUACGCAAUACCAUCCAUUAGCCAUCCUUGCGAAGUGCUUUAUAAGUGUGUACGUGUGCGGUCGUGGCUAAGUGUUUGAGCGUUCUGAUACUACUGCUACAGUAGGCCAUGUCCUUCGGUGGUGUUUUGGUGCAGCAGUGGUGAGAAGGAGGGCGAAUAAAAAAACGGCCAAUCAGCCCGAAGAAAGUGGUGCGUCAGUGUACGGGGGGUAGAAAAGCAUCCCACCCCCUUCCAUCCAUCUAUCCCAUUUCCCCGCCAAAAAAAACGGUGGGUGAUUGAAAUUCUUCGCGGUGUGCGUAGUGUAAGGGUGUAAAGGAGGAAGAAAAAUGGGUCAAGCAGCCAGCCAGGAUGAUGCGGAACAGGGUGGACAAGCUGGCGGUGAGGAGGAGGACGACGACGGGGGCAUCAUCCCGAUGCGAUCGGACCGCUUCCUAGUGACGGACAGUGACAUUGCGUGCGAGGAAGCGGCACGAUUGACCGCAGACCAGCAGGAAGAUCCAUCGCCGGACGAUGAUGAUGGAGGAUGCGAGUACCAUGAUAUGCCGCCACCACCGGACGGUGGGUACGGCUGGGUGAUCGUGUUUGCGUCCUUCAUGUGCAACAUGAUCGUGGACGGUAUCGCAUACACGUUCGGCGUGUUCCUGAACGAGUUUGUGGUGUACUUCGGCGAAGGCAAAGGCACGGUGGCUUGGGUCGGUAGCUUGCUCAGCGGCAUGUACUUAAGUGCCGGUCCGGUCGUGUCGGCAUUGGCAAACAAGUUCGGCUGUCGGGCGGUCUGUAUUGCCGGCAGUAUCAUAUCCUGCGCGGCAUUUGCACUCAGUACGCUCAGCACCUCGGUGACCAUGCUGAUGCUCACGUACGGCGUAAUGGGUGGCAUCGGCUUUGGUCUCAUCUAUCUGCCGGCCGUCGUAGCCGUCGGUUACUACUUCGAAACGAAACGUUCGCUGGCGACCGGUAUUGCUGUGUGUGGGUCCGGCUUCGGUACGUUUGCGUUCGCUCCCCUUGCCAAUUUGUUGCUGGAGAACUUUGACUGGAAAAACUCGAACCUGAUCCUGGCGGGGUUGAUCCUGAACUGCGCUGUGUUUGGUGCGAUGAUGCGGCCGCUUACUUACCCGAAGGACGAUAAAGUGAAACCAUUGAUGCAGCGCAUGUACGAGGAGAAACGUCUCCAGAUGGAGCGUGGCUCUAUCGGUGGAUCGUACUUUAUGGUUCAGCUGCCCGACGGCACGAUGGAGAAAAGACUGAAAGCACCAUUGAACGCUGAUCCCGGCGUACACUCCAGCCUUGCCCUGGACCAGCUGGCGGCCCAGCAAGGUGGAAUGCAUCCGGUUGCAACGCUGCCCACAAUUUCGGAGUUUAAAACGCAGGAACAGAACGGCAGCAGUGGCUCAUCGUCCGAAUCGAGCCAGAUCGAGAUGAAGAAACCGUUGAACAAGAAGCGCAACACAAACUCCGAGUCGGAUGCGGCCGACUACGGUGGGGACAAUUUGCCCCGCAAUGCCUCACAGCCUGCCUUUACCAGCCAUCAGUCGGGUAUCCCGAAGAAUGGAUCCGUACCGACGUUCGAUCGCGUCCGUAAACACUCGACUGGAGAGCGAUUCAAACCGUCGCUGGCGGCCAUCAAGGCUAGCUCGCGGGGCGAUGUCGGUAGCAACGGUGACGUACGUAAAUCAAUGCAUCUCAGACUCUCGCGCGGCUCAGUCAAUGGAAGCAAAAAUAAUAACGCUGAGGAAUUCGACGAUGGCAGCAUGUUUACCUCAAAAGCUUCGCUGAAGGCGGAUCGUCCGGUAAUGGUCCGUCCGCUGUCACGUAAGGACAUCUUCUACUCCGGUUCCGUAACCAACCUCAAAGAGUUCCAGUCCCAAAAGUCGCUAACGAACUAUCGCAAUUCCGUCGUAUCACUGACCAAGUUCGAAAAGGAGCAUCGGAAUGAUGUGCGGGAUGACGUAGAGAAAGGAAGAGAAGAACAGUACGAUCUGUGCCCCUGUUUGGUGUUACCGGAAUCGUUCAAGAAUGCAAUCGGUGCCAUGAUGGAUGUUAGUUUGCUGCGCGAUCCCGUCUUCAUGAUGAUUGGCGUUUCGAACAUCUUCGGUAUGGCCGGUCUGUACGUCCCAUUCGUGUACCUGGUCGAUGCGGCUGUUUUAGAUGGAAUUGAACAAAACUCUGCCUCCUUCCUUAUCUCGAUCAUUGGCAUUACCAACACGGUAGGACGUAUCGUGUGCGGCUAUGUGGCAGACUUCCCGCAAGUGGACGCCCUGUUUCUCAACAACAUCUGUCUAGUCAUCUCCACCGUAGCGGUCGCCCUGACGCCUUUCUGCCACAGUUACGCGGCGUACGUGGCAAUGGCCAUCGCAUUCGGUAUUGCCAUCGCUGGCUACAUUUCACUGACGUCAAUUAUUCUGGUCGAUCUGCUCGGGCUGGACAAGCUGACGAAUGCGUUCGGUUUGCUGAUUCUUUUCCGUGGUGCCGCCACGAUCGUCGGUUCACCGCUGGCCGGAGCCCUGUACGAUGCCACACAAUCUUACUCCAUACCGUUCUUUGUCGCUGGAGGACUGUUUGCCCUGUCGGCCAUAACGAGUUUUGCGGCACCAGCCAUGAAAAGAUUCCGCAAACAAUCGGAAGCACCCGUGCACGUCGAGGUGUUGACUCCGAUCGAUGAGGAACCGUCUGAAGAUUUGGCGGACGAUGAUCAACCGAUCACGAUGGUACCGAAGAUCAUACAAACGGCACCCAGUCCGUCCACUGAGCAACCAGUGACUUCGAAUAUCACCUCCACUACCACCAUUAACAACGAUGACCGUAAGCAAUCGCAGUCCAAUGGCGGCACGAAGGAUACCGCCAAGGAAGUGAGCCAGAUGGAAUCCGUUCUGUAACGGAACCGUGGUUCGGCAACGGGUUCGUAACGAGUGUACCAAAAUACGAUGUCGGAGAAAAAGCCAACACUGAAUGAUAUGGAGUAAGCGGCACACGUCGUGUGUCGUUCCAAUGCCUAAACGUCCACAGGAUGCUCAUCUAAACGUGAUCGAUGAACCUCAUCUUCCUCUCAUCCACUUGCUUGCAUACAAGCAAAACAGUUAAAAAACGCCCAAAAAUGGAUGGUAGGAUGCGGGUAAGGUAAUCGAAAGCGAUUAGACGGGUAGUUUAACGGGAGGGAGCGAGAGAGUGGUGCGAUUCGAGUGUGAGCGUGUCAAAAGUGGCCGCUACCGACUCCAAUGUUUCAACUAGCUAGUGUUAGGCUUACCUAAUUAUACCUAAAGAAGAAGAUUUGUUUUGAUUAUGUUAUUUUUAAUUAAAACAAAACGAAAUGUUUUUAUCGCGACGUAGCGAAUGCGUGUACGUGGGACGUAUAGUGUAGCAUCAAGUGGGUAAUGUGGAACAAAUUGCAGUGCAACAAAAAAAGCACAAGUAGGAAAGUAGAAGAAAAGAAAAGCAAGGAAACUAUGGGACAAAACAAAGCGAAGGAGAAAAAAACAGCAUAGUGAAACAGAAAGCGAAAAGAUGGAUGAAAGCAACAUAAUCGAGAACAAAACAAACCAGAAAACAAAGAAGGAAACGUUAGUGUCAUAGUAAGAUACGAAAGAAGUGAAUGAAUGUGUUAAAAUGUGUGCAAAGCAUAGAUGUAAACAAAUCAAAAACAGAUGAAAAAACCAAAAAAAAUCAACAAAAUGAGUAUCGUGUGUAGUA